CACUUGCAUCGACCGGUCACACUGGUCCCCUCACAAAUAUCAUUGUUUUGGUUUUUUGCUUUGUUUUUUAUUAAAUUUAGUGAAUCUAACAUCCUUGACCAUGGAAACCCAACUGGAGAAGGUGUUGAUGGAUACGGCUGCGCGACCGGACACGGUGGGAGCAUUGGUGGCCAAUCGUCAGGGCCUGUGCCUGGUUGCUAAGGGCGACAUCGAUCCUAAUGUAUCCGGCAUAGGAAUGGCCAUUGCCCAGCAGGUGGCCAAACUAGAGCCAAACAGCACAGUUCCGGCCACCAUUUGCCUGUACAGUGGCAACAAGCGGUGUGUCAUCAAAAACGAUGGCAGAAUCACGGCGGUGAUCUUUAAACAGCUAACUGCAAACUCGGCGACUGGUAACUAACAGUAGGAGCUGGUGAGGCCUCCCAAGCGCUACUCUCAGGCCAAAUAAACAAGUCAAAAGUACCGAUGACUACUUAUAUCUAUAUAUAUACAAAUAUCUUCCACGAUGCGCCCAGCCUCGCCUCUCGCUGUUACAUUUGUCUCUCGUUUUGUACGAUUCGCGUAGCCAUUAAGCAUUAAACACUAUGCAUUAAGCACAAGCUGUUAAUCCAACGCCAUAUAUACUAUACUUGCACAUAUAUAUAGAGCUUAAGUGAUUGCGAGUGUAUACAUCAGACUGAGGAUUUGGCUUUGAAUUUCAAUUUGUUAGCAAAGGUUUUUGUUUUGGCUGUAGGAAACCUUUCUCCUUUGAGGCGGAACCUUGCUUGACAGCGAUCAGAGGCGAUACCAGAAGCAAGCUUUAGAAUGAAGUAUAUCCAUAAAGCUGCCUUUCAUAGCCACCAGCAGUCAGUUCAAAAGCAUCUGUUAAUAAGUAAUCAAAGUCUUAAUUCUUCAAAUAAACAUGCAUUAUGUAUAA